ACCUUGACUGAAUUAUUUCUUGUCCCCCUUUCGUCCAUUUUCUUGGUCCUUUCUCGCCCGCGAAACACCCCCAAUCAAGCCCUGUUUUUCCCAAUUCAAGCGAAUUCAAGUUGUGUCCUGUUAGGGUUAGGGUUUUUCACUUCACUUCCAUGAAACCAUGUUAGUCUACGAUUACGACUACGACUACGACUACGAUUACGAUUACGAUUACGAUUUCGAAAACUCAUGCUCGAAGUCGAUCAGCGAGACGGUGAAUGGCUCGCACAAUUUCACGAUCAAGGGGUACUCGCUUGCGAAAGGAAUGGGUUCUGGGAGGUACAUAUCGAGCGAUACGUUUACAGUUGGUGGAUACGAAUGGGCAAUUUACUUCUAUCCUGAUGGGAAGAACAUUGAAGAUGGUUCAAUGUAUGUGUCUGUGUUCAUCGCUUUGGCGAGCGAAGGGACUGAUGUGAGGGCAUUGUUUGAGCUCACUUUGUUGGAUCAGAGUGGGAAAGGGAAGCACAAAGUUCAUAGUCACUUUGAUCGUGCGUUGGAGAGUGGUCCUUAUACUCUCAAGUAUAGAGGAAGCAUGUGGGGUUACAAGCGUUUUUUCAGGAGAACCAUUUUAGAAACUUCUGAUUAUAUAAAGGAUGAUUGCCUUGAAAUGCAUUGCACUGUGGGAGUUGUUAGAACUCGUCUGGAGGGACUCAAAGAAUAUAGCAUUCAUGUACCACCUUCAGAUAUGGGCCAUGAACUGAAGUACAUGCUGGAGUCUGAAGUUGGUUGCGAUAUAGCUUUUCAGGUUGGCGAUGAAAUGUUCAAAGCUCAUAAGUUGAUACUUGCUGCUCGCUCUCCUGUGUUUAGAGCCCAAUUUUAUGGACUUAUGGGAAAUCCAAACAUGGAUAAAGUAGAAUUGCAGGAUCUUGAACCUUCCAUCUUCAAGGCCAUGCUUCUUUUUAUUUACUCGGAUAAGCUUCCUAAUGUACAUGAAAUUACAGACUCAACAUCAAUGUGCACUUCCACCAGUAUGGUGCAACAUUUGUUGGCUGCUGCCGACCGCUUUGGCUUAGAUAGACUGAAACUGUUGUGUGAAGCAAAAUUGUGUGAAGAAAUAAGUGUUGAUACAGUGGCAACAACUCUUCCUCUUGCCGCACAACACCAGUGUCCACAGCUGAAGGCUAUCUGCUUGAAAUUUGCAGCAGCAAACUUGGGAGUGUUUAUGCAGUCGGAAGGAUUUAAGUCCUUAGAAGAGAGCUGCCCAUCCUUGUUGUCUGAGCUGUUGGAGACUGUUGCAGGGGUGGAUGAGAACUCAAGUCUGCAGUUAAAUAGGAAACGGUGUUCCAAUAGCAUCUUAGGGCAAGAUCAGGCAGCAGAUGGGGCUGUCGCGGAAUCUGCAAACGCCAACGUGAAGCGCAUGCGGAGGCGUUUCUAGGUUUGUUAAUUGCGUUGUAAGUGCCACUGAAACCGUUUAGGACACUAUUUAUUCAUAGCAUGUUCAUAUAUUAGACAGUUUUUUCUUUUCUCUAGUGGGUAAAAUUAUAAUAUGCUUUCUUGAAGGGUGAAAUUUUGUCUCUGCCUUCUGCAUUACUCUCUCUAUUUGGAUUUCGGGGGAAUUAAUUGAUUUUUGCCCUUUA